AUGUUCUGUUUAAUGUCUAUCAAUGUCUUAUCUUUUGUGCUGACUAUUGUAAGCAUCUUCGGGUCCUUGAAAAAGACAGAACCUUUCUACUGGAAUGAGCAAGCCAAGAAGUCGCUGGAUGAAGCGCUCCGCCUACGACCACAUGUCCAUCGAGCCAAGAACAUUGUUCUCUUCGUCGGUGAUGGGAUGGGCGUGUCCACGGUGUCUGCAGCCCGUAUUCUGCGAGGGCAGAUGGAGGGGCAGUAUGGGGAGGAGACCGACCUCACCAUAGACAGGUUCCCUUAUCUUGCCCUGUCCAAGACUUACAGCGUGGACAAGCAGGUGGCAGACAGCGCCAGCACUGCCACCGCAUAUCACUGCGGGGUCAAGGCAAACUCAAAGACGGUUGGAGUGAGUGCUAGCGCGGUGCCCUACGAAUGCAACACCACCUUUGGCAACGAAGUGUACUCUGUCUUGCACCGCGCCAAAGCCCAAGGGAAGUCCGUGGGCAUUGUGACCACCACCCGUGUCCAGCACGCCUCCCCAGCUGCAGCCUAUGCCCACUCAGUUAGCCGCAGCUGGUACAGUGACUCAGACCUGCCUCCUACUGCCCGCAGAGAGGGCUGCGCCGACAUUGCCACCCAGCUUGUCACCAACACAGACAUUGACGUUAUUCUUGGUGGUGGGCGCAUGUAUAUGACACCGAAAGGUACCCCAGAUCCAGAAUACCCCUCCUCAUCCUCGCGUAAAGGAGAUCGCAAGGACAAAAAGAACCUCAUUGAGGUCUGGCUGAAUGCACGGAAGGACAGGAAUGCUCGGUAUGUUUGGAACAAGGAGCAGCUCAACACAGUGGAUGUCAGAACCACAGACUGUCUUCUGGGUCUGUUUGAACCCAAGGACAUGAGGUUUGAGGUGUUCAGAAACCGCACACGUGACCCUUCCAUUGUGGACAUGACCGAGAAGGCUGUUCAGAUCCUGAGCAAGAACCCCAAAGGCUUUUUCCUCUUUGUGGAAGGGGGGAGAAUUGAUCAUGGGCACCAUGACGGUAUUGCCAAGCUCGCACUGACAGAGACGGUGAUGUUCGACCGAGCCGUGCAGAGGGCAUCUGAGCUGACCAAAGAGUCCGAGACCCUCACUGUUGUCACAGCAGAUCACUCUCACGUCUUUACGUUUGGUGGAAAUACACCUCGAGGGAACCCCAUUUUUGGUCUAGCUCCCAAGAAUGCUGAUGAUAGACUUCCCUUCACAAGCAUCCUGUAUGCUAACGGGCCUGGAUAUGUACAUGUGAAUGGGACGAGGGCUAAUGUCUCAGCAGUAGAUUACUUCAAUGAAGAAUAUAUGCAGCAAGCAGCAGUGCCUUUGGAUGCUGAGACUCAUGGCGGUGAGGAUGUGGCGAUCUAUGCCAAAGGCCCCAUGGCUCACCUUUUCCAUGGGGUCAAAGAGCAGCACUAUGUAGCACAUGUUAUGGCCUAUGCAGCCUGUCUUGAGCCCUAUACCCACUGCCCCCCUCACCCUCACCAAAGUGUGGCUCACAGACCCUACUUCUCACUGUCUGGACUCUUCAUUUCCAUAUGCAGUUUGCUUUGGUGCAUGACCAGAUGACAAUGUAA